UUGCGUUGCGACUUGCUUGGUUCGCGUGUUUGAGGAAACCGCAUGGACUACAGAUCAUAAGAGUUGAAGUUGACCUUGUAAUUUCCUUGCAAGCCUUUCGAUGUUCGAGGAUCUGAAGGUCCAGAUAUUUCGCUUCUGUCUCUCUUAAUUUGGAGACAGCUUCCGCAGAUUUGCCUGAUUUACACAGUCAUAUCUCACCGGAUUGAAGCCCAAGGUUAGAAUUUUCUCGCAUUUGCCUUAUUGUUCUGGGGUUUUUAUCUUGGGUUGGUGAGAUCAGAUGGCAGAGGCAAGCGCGAACUCACGAUAUGUGAAGUUGACAAAAGAGCAAACGGCUGUAGAGGACAUUAAGCCUGGCGAACUCAAUCAGCCCAUCGAAGUUCCUCAGUUGGCUGUUCGCAAGUGCAAUGAAUGUGGGCAGCCUUUGCCCGAAAACUUUGAGCCUCCUGCAGAUGAACCUUGGACGACUGGGAUUUUUGGCUGUACUGAAGAUACUGAAAGUUGCUGGGCAGGACUAUUUUGUCCUUGUGUUCUAUUUGGAAGAAAUGUUGAAAGCUUGAGAGAUGAUACCCCUUGGACUAGACCAUGCAUUUGUCAUGCCAUUUGUGUUGAAGGUGGAAUGGCACUGGCAGCAGCAACAGCAAUCUUCCAUGGUGUUGACCCAAGGACAUCAUUUCUAAUUUGCGAGGGUUUACUUUUUGCUUGGUGGAUGUGUGGCAUAUACACUGGUCUUGUUCGGCAAUCACUACAGAGGAAAUAUCACCUGAAGAACUCACCGUGUGAUCCAUGCUUGGUGCACUGUUGCAUGCACUGGUGUGCUUUGUGCCAGGAACACAGGGAGAUGAAGGGCCGCCUUUCAGAUAACUUUGUCAUGCCAAUGGCCAUUGUCAAUCCUCCCCCUGUUCAAGAGAUGAGCUCUGCUACCGAGAACCGGGAUACUGAACCCUCCACUGAAAAGGGCACCAGCUUAGAGAUGCAGGCUUUGUGAAUCCAUGGUUACACACAGUAGUCGACAAAUAAGCAAUUUUCAUUUGGAAAAUGUUUUCCUUUUAGCUGUAGGACAAUAUCUUUAUACAAGAAUGAUGAAUCUUUUAACGUUGAUGAUACUCUUUGUGUAGAGAGAAGUAUACUUUUAACGAGUAUCGAUGUUUCCCAUUUUUGGUCCUUUACUACCGUGAUGUUAUAGCUGCUAUCUAGUUUUCAUUUGUAUACACAUGAUUGCAUUUUGUAUGUAACAGCAGCCUUGGGUUGCUCUGUUUAUGUUGUUAAAUUUAAAGCAGAUAAUCGCUUCUUGUA